AUGAAAAAACUUAGGCUUGCACUUCAUCAGGUCCUAAUUCUGGUUCUGUCGGCUGCUGCUAUAGCCGUACAUGUGCUAGCAUUUCUACUCCCUGCAGUUGCUAUGACCCAUCUUGACAACGACGAGAAACUACAUUUCGCCAGGACGAUGCUCUACCUCAAGAACCAGCUAUUUGCCUUUGCUCUUCUUUUCGCUUUCGUUGAGUUCCUUGAUUUUCUCACGGUGCAUCAUUUAUUUGGUCCUUGGGCCAUCAUUAUCAGAGAUCUAAUGUAUGAUUUGGCUCGUUUUCUUGUAAUUUUGUUAUUAUUCGUUGCGGGAUUCACACUACAUGUUACGUCAAUUUUCCAGCCUGCUUACCAGCCACUCGACGAGGACAGUGCAGAACUUAUGCGACUUUCUUCUCCGGAGCAAACACUUGAGAUGCUCUUCUUUUCGUUGUUUGGGCUUGUCGAGCCGGAUAGCAUGCCUCCUCUUCAUCUGGUGCCUGAUUUUGCUAAAAUUAUUCUCAAAGUUCUAUUUGGCAUUUACAUGAUGGUUACACUUAUUGUGCUCAUAAACUUACUGAUUGCUAUGAUGUCAGAUACAUAUCAAAGAAUUCAAGCUCAAUCCGACAAGGAAUGGAAAUUUGGUCGCGCAAUACUAAUUCGACAGAUGAACAAAAGAAGUGCUACACCAUCACCAAUUAAUAUGCUCACUAAACUUUUCGUAGUUCUCAAAGUGGCGUUUCGGAAUCGCUUACGGGUGUGUACUCAGAAAGCUCAACAGGACUUACGCUUCGAAGAGAACAUUGACGCUUUUUCAAUGGGCGGUGGACAACAAGGCAGGACAAGUCCUACUAUGAGAGAAGAUGGAACGGAUAUGAGAGAUGGUGCUGAAUUGGGCGCAAGUUCUGACUGGAGUAUUGAAACGGUGAUUGACUGGAAGAGAAUAGUGUCAAUGUACUAUCAGAUGAACGGCAAAACGAAUGAAACCGAAGAAGUCGAGGAGCAAACGCACUAA